AUUUGCUAGCGGGUUUUUUAACCUGGCCAAUGGGAGUUCGGAACUCUCUAAGUACAUAUUUUGAAGGUCACUCGGCAUUCAGUUACAUUUUCCUAGUUUUCCUCCUUAAAUCGUCAUCUUACAAGUGCUGAACGUCGUUAAAAUUAAGAAGAUCUAGAUCCAAAGGACGGGAGUACUUACUCGCUAUAGUUUAUUGGUCAAGGAUCUGAUUCUAAGUAGCUUACCAUUAGAUGUACAAAGUUGAACACUUUCCAAACGUAUUUCAAAAUAUUAUCCGAGUUGGCUUUUUUGAAGGAGAAAUGCAAAGCUAUCAAUAGCUGGAAUACAAGAACAUCUGACUAACUUUUCCCCACUUAACUCCAAAAGAAAUCGGUCCUUUGAAAUAAUCUAUCUUCUAUACAAUCAAAGAAAUUAAAUCGAAACCGUAUGCAUUACUGAAGCAUUGGCAAUCCACUAAUUGAAGCCUGAACUUGGCGUACAAAAGUGAUUCAUUCAACUUUUCAUCUCUCUUGGUGCCGCCUAAUCCUCUUCUCCAGGCUUAAAUUUUACCUUUUUGUAAAAUGACUGGUAGUGGAGCUGGUGGAGGCGGCAGUUCUAGCGCCAGUGGAGGUGGUGGUGGUGGUGGUUCUGGUCGUGCACAUUUUCGCAGUCAAUUAGGUUGUUGUAUAUGUGGAACAAAAUCAUCCUCUUCACGUUUUACUUCUAGUCAACGAUAUGCUGAACAUUUUGGUGCAUGUUUCGGUCAGAUGGCAGCUACACGUUCAGGUGAUUUAUGCAAUGCAUGUGUACUUUGUGUGAAACGUUGGCUUCAACGUGGUAAACAACCAAAUUUCUUUGUACAGGUUCUUGAUAGUAAAAAAGGUCCUGGACCAAAACAUAUGAAAGAAAUCACUAAACGAGCACGUCGUCGUGAAGCGAAACAACAAGCUGCUGCUGCUGCUGCGGCGGCGGCUGCCGCCUCUACCUCUGCCACUGUCACUGCUUCAUCUACACUCAGUUCGUCUGUUGGUAAAGAACAAAAAUCGUUAAAAUCCACUGCAAUGCCUAAUACUACUACUCCAACUACUACUAAUACACGUUCAUCGUGUGGAAAUGGUCAUCAUCAUCAUCAUCACCAUCCUUGUUCAAAUAAUAAUAAUUCCAAUUCACGUGGUACUACUACUGUUCAUUACACGCAAACACAUACAAAAUCUGAGCAUUAUUUGCAUACAUCAUCAGUGUCUAAUAGUAGUAGUAGUAGUAGUGGUAUUCGUGUUCAAUCAAACAUGUUAUCACAACAAUCUUCUUAUGUAGGCGGUACAACACGAUCAGGUGGACAACAUUCACAAACUAUGUCAAGCAAUAAAUAUCGAUGUUCUACACAAAAUAGUAAUAAUAAUCAUAAUCAUAAUAAUAAUAGCAACACUGUAGAACAUGUAUGUUGUUCUCGGACAAUUUUGAAUCAAACAGACGACUAUCUAUCAAAGAUAACUUAUUCUCAAGGUGCAACACGUACUCGUGCUGCUGCUGCCCGACAAUUAGAAGCUGCUAGUGCUGCAGCUGCUGCCGCCGCCGCUUCUGCUUCUCGAAAUAUUGGCAAUGUACUAGCCACAUCAUCGCCAUUAUGUGAUAACCGUCUACAGCAUCAUCAUCAUCCUCAUCAACACCAGCAUAAUAGUCUAUUGCCACAUUCAACCAACAUGCCAAUGUCUACAUUGUUGUCCGAUUCGAAUGAGUUUGACGCUAAAACUAGCUGUCACAAUUGCUGCUGCUAUUCCUGCUGUUGCUGCUCUUGUUGUUGCUGUAGUAGUAAUGUGAACGGUAGUUGUUACAGUUGUCAUAGUAGUAGUGGAGGUAGUUCAAGUUGUUGUAGUAGUAGUAAUAGUACAAGUGGCUUUGGAUCAAAUUCCUCAGAUUUAUCAUUUUCUAGUAAUCGCAAUUAUUCCAGAAUGAAAUAUUCCAAUACAUACCAUAAUAAUAAUAAAAAACAUUCUAAUUGUUCCAAUCAACAAUCCUGUCAUCAUCCUCAUCAACAUCAACAUCCUCAUCAUCAUCAGCAUCAUCAUCAUGAUCAUCAUUCUGAAUGUACUACUAAUGAAUUCCGAUGUCCUCAAUCUCCAUUAACAACAACAACAACUGGUCAAGUCACAGCGAACACUAAUGGCGGUACAAAUGACAUUAAUCCAUGUGAACGAAAUUCCUCUUUAUCAAUAAAUGGCAAUGUGGGGAAUCGUCAAAAUCUUAAUCAUAUUCAACACAACAUAUCUUGUAGUGGUAAUAGUAGUGGUAAUAGUAGUGCAUUGGGACGGAAUAAUUCCAUUGUAAAAAAUGAAUCCACUACAUCACAUUCAAAUACCAAUUCGACUGUGACAUCAGUUACAAUGACGAUGACCACAAUUGCAACAACCACCAGCGCAACAACAACAACAACAACUAUUCCUACACGACGUUAUAAUCGUAGAGUUGUCCUGCCUCCUGUACGAAUGACUCAUAAUCCUGAAGUCGAUUCACUACUACGUGAAAUAAUGGAACGAAAUAGUCAAGCUGUAAAUUUUGAUUCACGUGAAAUGCAUAUGGCUGUACAACAAGAAUUACGACUACGUAAUCGUACAAUUCAUACAACAACGAGGAAUUCAACGUCUGGUGGAUCUAUUUGUUCAUCAUCAAUUAGUUCAGCUGAUGGUUCGAUUGAAGCAAAUGCUGGAUCGAAUAGUCAAACAUCAACACCUACUAAUGAUAACAAAUGUAACCAUCAUCAUCCGCAUCAACAUCAGCAUCAUCACCAUCAUCAUUGUCAUGAUUGUGAUCAUCAUCAGCUAUCUUCGAAUCUAGAUGAACAACAUUCAGCGAAACGUCAUUGUUCACAUCAUUGUUUUUGCAGUCAUCAUGAUUAA